AUGCAGAUUCAGUUCUUUAUGUAUCCUAAUACCGUACCACAACAGGGUCAGCAGCAGCAGCCUUAUCCGACUGCAACCUAUACUGGUGCGCCCGGCUAUGGAGCUCCACAACCAGCUCCAACUUAUGCUCAGCAACCAGCACCUGCUUCUGCUUUCGCUCCGCCACCCACGCCGUCUCCAGCGCCAAGUCCUCAACCGGUCAUCUUGAACAUUCAACAAAAUGCUCCUCAAACUCUGGCCGCUCCCCAACCAAUUCGACCGGCUCUUUCUCAGCAAUCAUUACGAAAUCCUUCACCACAGCCUCCAGUAAUCAUGCCACAACAAAGAAAGCCGGACAAUUCCGCUCGCAAUUUCAUCCUUGGGGUAAUUUGCUGCCCUGUGAUCUCUUUUGGAAUUCUGAUCAUCGUCGCAAUCAUUUCAGUCGCUAUUAAUGGCCCUUCCUCUGGGUCAUGCGGCGGCCCAAACGGUCCCCCAUGUGACUACGGCGGACCAGACUAUUAUGGCUCAGGCUACGGCGGACCUGACUAUUAUGGCUCUGGCUACGGUGGACCUGACUAUUAUGGUUCUGGCUACGGUGGAUACACCACAACACAUUUUUCCAACCAAGGGUCGAUCGAUUACAAUACUGUUGGAAUUUGCGAUGGAAAUAACGAGUAUUCAGUUACGAGUUCUGGAAGUUUUCAAUCACCAAACUACCCAAAUAUGUACCCAAAUGAUGCGAGUUGCACCAACAAAUUUACCACUUCUUUCGACGGAAUCACCUUCGAAGUAAAUGGGUUCUAUCUCGAAAGUUGCUGUGACUCCCUGACAUUCAGCGACAAUUCUGGAGAUUAUCCUUUUACCGGACAAAUAUUCAAUGGAACUCGAUUUUCCUUUUCUUCGUCAAAUGUGAUUGUUUCAUUUACAACCGACUACAGUGUUCAACGUUAUGGCUUUCAUAUCGAUGUCAUCGACGGCUACGAUCCAUCAAACGACAUAAGCUAUGUUCACGGCAAUUUAAAAUUCGACGGCGAAUCCCCACAAAAAGAAAUAAUCAAAAAAAAUUAA